GUCAGGUGGUGGAGGAUUUACAGUCUACUGAUGCUGAAAUGCAACAAAAAGCCAUGGCAAAAGCUGAUUGCUACAUUAAAGCCUUUGAUGAACCUUGCAGAACCAAAAUCAACAAAACUGCAAUCAACACUAACCCACCACGUCAACCUUGCUUGAAUUUCAUGAAGAUUAUGCAGAAAGAUGCAGAAGACCGGCAAAUGAAAAGAUUGGCUAGAGUGACGAAGGCAACCGCUCUCAAAGACAAGGGGAAUGAAGCGUAUACUAAAGAAGACUAUGAAACUGCAGUGAAGUAUUACAGUGAUGGCUUGGCUGAAGUCAGGGAUAUGCAGCCACUUUACACAAAUCGAGCCCAGGCCUAUAUAAAGCUGGGAAGGUACAAGGAGGCCAUCAGUGAUUGUGAAUGGGCGUUGAAGUGUAAUGAGAGAUGCAUAAAAGCCUAUGUACACAUGGGCAAAGCAUAUCUAGGGUUGAAGAAAUACAAUGAGGCAAGAAACAGCUUUGAAAAGAUGCAGGAAAUUGAACCUUGGAGGGAGAAGAUGGUGAAAGAAUACCUGCACCUUGUACAUAUGGAAGAGAACAGAGAGAGUCAAGAGAUGACUGCUUGGCAAGAAUUGAAUAAAGGAGAACGGAAGUGUGCAGCAGUGCCCCAGCUGCUGGAACAGCUGUCAAGACCCAGUCAGAUGGCCCUUUAUUAUUGUGGUGGAUUUGAGAUUUUGUCACAAGCAGUGAAUGAAUGUACAGGGCAGACUCUCUUCAGACUGAACAAUGGCUUCAGUAUCGUCAGCAGCAAUGACACAGUGAGGAGUUGCCUCUUGCAGAACACCAAUGAUCCAGAGAGCCAAGAGUUAUGUGUGUCUGUUCUUAAAUUAUGGAGGAUUAUUUGUUUAGAAAAUGAUGAGAACCAGAAAAUGCUGAUGACAUGUCCAGUCACCAGACAGUCUAUUGUCCAGUUGGUAAUAUCAGACCAUGUUGCAGUCAAGAGAGAAUGUCUGGAAUUAAUUGGUCUGUAUUCGAAGACGUCACAUGGCAGACGUUUGGCCAUUGAAAAUUUAAAUUUGCACAAUUUAGUGAGGAACCUCAUGGUGUGCAUCUCAGAGCCAAAACAUGAGCAGGAAACUACAGCAUCCUGUAUCCUGGAGAACUUUGCAACAGAAAAGAGAUUCUGUAUUCAGCUAAGAAAUGUAUUGACAGACUCUGUCAUUGUACCUUUGACAAAAAUGCUGACAAAUUUCGGCAAGUCCCAUCAGCAUAUCCCUCCUUCAUUGAUAUCAGCUCUUGGCUCUCUGGUUCGAGAUGAUGUCAUCCGUGAAAAUGUUGCUCUCAAUGAAGAAUGCUGGAAGGCCUUUAUGGCUGCUGUUAGGCUUUGCAGUGCAUCUAAACACAAAGAGACCCUUUACCUUUUUCUUGGCUUGAUCAUCAACCUUUCAACGGUUACCUCUCCAGUCAUCCAAGAACAUGCUGUUUUACUCUGUGACUGCUGCAUUGGCCUGCUGAAAGAUGCUGAUGGAGGAAUCAUUACUAGAGCCACAGGUGUGCUAAGUGUUAUCCUCCCUCAGUCCUCUGAAGCUGUUCAACAUGUCAUUCAAGGGAAAGUCAUCCGGACCAUGUGCAGGCUGCUGAAGAGAAACGGACAGGCAGCAACCAAAUACGCCAUCAAGACUUUGGCAGUGUGCACUGCUGCCAGUGACUUGGCACGAGAGGAGCUGCUGAAGUCUGAUAAAAAGCUGUCCAUUUUACGCCAUUUGUUGAGUUCCAGCUGUGAUGAGAUGGUUUCAGGAAAUGCAGCUCUGUGCUUGGCCCAUUGCUUCGAGUUGGAUGGAGUUGCCACCUGCCUGCUGGGUACUGAUAUUGUGUUGCUACUACUGCGACACGCUGCAGGGGACGCCGAAAGAACAACUGUGCAGCAAAAUGCAGCGAUUGCUCUUGGGAAAUUAUGUCGAUCUGAGCCAAGACAUCUUGACAGACUUCGAGAGCUACAUGGCAUUGAGAUCCUGCACUCCUGUGCAAAGCUCAUCUCCUAAAUUUGUAGCUUGUUAUUAUUCUCUUUUCUUCUCAUGCUUCUGUUUGUUCCUGUUUUUGUAUUUUAUCUAAGAUAUUUAGGCCAAAUAAGUUGUUGUUGAAGAAGGCCAAGUGUGAC